ACAGCCUCUUUGAAACCACGCCUUUCCAACUCCAGUCAACUUUAGACACGAUAUACAACAUUAAGUUUCAACACUGAGUUUUUUGAAGUCACAUUUUAGCAAUAUUCAGAAAAUGUUUUACACAUUUCUUGUAUUGUGUUUGUGGACUCUGGUUGGUGUGUUUGGUGAUAAAGUGAAGUCAGUGUCAGUGUAUGAGGGUGAAUCUGUUACUCUACACACUGAUAUUACUGAACUACAGAGAGAUGAUCUGAUAGAGUGGUGGUUUAAAGAAAUCCGCAUCGCCAGAAUCAAGAGUUCAGAUAUCAAUCCUAUAAAUGCAGCAAAUGAUAAGACUAAGAGAUUCAGAGACAGACUGAAGAUAAACAAUCAGACUGCAGAUCUCACCAUCACAAACAUCACACCUGAACACACUGGAAAUUAUGAACUUAUUAAGAAUGGAGAAAAAAUAGUCAAGAAAUUUUAUCUCACAGUUUAUGCUUCUCCUACAACCACGAAUGCAAACAAUCUAACUCAGGAGAAUAUCCCAGAUUAUAAACUUCUGAUCUCCUGUACUGCUGCUGCUGCUGCUGUUGGAUUUAUUACAUCAGUUUUGAUCUUCUGGAUCUACAGUAAACACACAAAAACACAUCAACAGGAUCAGACAUGUGAAGAUGAGAUUGCAUAUGCUGAUCCAAAAUUCCGCAAACGAAACACACAGAAUGUCAAAGAUGAAAGUGAGGUGAUAUAUGCCACUGUCAACCCCAGAUCCUGAUCAACUCUCUCUGAUUCUGUUUAAUAUAAAUGAUGUUUUAAUCACAGUCAUUUUCAUUCUGUUUUACUAAGUGUUAUUGUUCUAUAACAUAUGAUUUUAUUUGAGUUUUAAUAUAAUGUUACAUUUUAAUAUAAUAUUACCUUUUCAUAUA